AUGGGCUCCAUGGAGAAAGCACAUGGCGUUCGGGAGUGCAUGUUUCUUUGUCUUCCUGUCCAACUACACCAAAAGUUGAAUGUUUGGCCCAGAUGGGACGCUGUUGCGGGUGUGCUUUUCCCCCUUUACCGCCACCAUACCGCAACUCCUGAUCAAUUCUACACAAUCACCGUCUCCAUCACGCCAAUCCUAGUCACAAUCGUGACCGACUUCAACAUCACAUUCACCAAAGCAGGCUAUCUGAUCACCGUCAAUCUCCUCUUCCUAGGUUUAGGCAACCUCUUCUGGAUUCCCCUGUCGGAAAAAAUAGGCAAAAGACCCGUCCUCAUUGCCUGCUCAGGCCUCUUCUUCGUCUCCACCAUCUGGGCCGCCGCGUCAAGGAGUUGGGGCUCACUCUUCGGCGCCCGGAUCGUGCAAGGCUUCGCCGCCAGCGUUUCGGAAGGCCUGGGCCCCGUGAUCGUGGCAGAUGUCUAUUUUCUGCACGAGCGUGGUCUGUGGGUGGGCGUCAACUUACUCACAUUCACCGUCGGCACCUCUCUCGGCGGUAUCUUUUCCGGCCUCAUCGCCAACGCAACUCCGAAUUGGCAUUGGGUCUACUGGCACCAAGUCUUCCUGACGGGCAUGCUCUUCUUGGUCAUAGUUCUCUUCCAGGCCGAGACUAACUUUGACCGUCCGCCGGAGAACGAGUCCGGGGAGGGUUUGCCGGCAUCUCAACUUGCUGCCAUCCGCGCCAGGGUCAAGAGCCGCUGGAUCAAGUCCCUGAGCGUCACAUUGUGGUAUAACAGCGAGUUUUCGAUCUGGUGGCUCUGGUGGCGUCCCUUCCUCACACUGCGCUUCCCAGCCGUCUGGUUCUGCAUCCUCACCUACGGCGUAUGCUUGGGCUGGCUUUCGUUCCAAAUCACAGCCCAAGGUGCCCUUUUCCCUGCCGUGUACAAUUUCUCUUCUCUCGCCGUGGGAAACAUCAGCUGUUCGUAUCUUGUUUCUUCCGUGGUCGGCUGUGUGGCAGGUGGGCCUCUCACCGACUGGACCGUGCAGUUCAUCACCAGGCGGCACGGCGGCUACUUCGCGCCAGAGUCCCGUCUUUGGUGCAUGAUUCCCCCAGCCAUCGUCGCUCCCGCGGGUCUCAUGCUCUGGGGCGCCGGGAUCCAGAACCAUCUGCCAUCGAUGGUCCCCAUCGUCGGCACCGCCAUCACCUACGCCGUCCUCUGUGCAGUGCCGGGCAUCGGCAUGACGUAUGUGGUUGACUGUUACAGGCCGGUCUCCAAAGAGACCAUGACCAUCGUCACGGCCGCGAAGAACACGUUCGCUUUUGGCCUGAGCUUUUCCGUGUUCCCCUGGAUCGCGAAGGACGGGCUUGUCAAGGUUUCUGGGUUUCACGUACUGAUUCAGAGCGUCAUUCUCCUGACCACGAUUCCGAUGUAUCUCUAUGGUGCUCGUCUCCGACAGUGGACGAACAAGUUCAUCAUUUGAACUAGUGACGAAUGAAGACAAUUGGGUCAGAUCGAAGGGCCG